AUGUCGGUGCCUACGCUUACCACACCUCUAACCACGCUGCUGGGGAUCAAGUACCCAAUCCUACUUGCUGGCAUGGCUCGGACCUCAUCUGGCCCUCUUGCCGCUGCUGUCUCCAAUGCUGGCGGCUUAGGCACCAUUGGUGGAUUGGGGUAUAAUCCUCAGCAGCUUCGCGACAUCAUCACAGAACUAAAGUCACAUCUUUCUUCUCCGGACCUACCUUUUGGCGUCGACCUGGCUUUGCCACAAGUAGGCGGCUCGGCACGAAAGACGAACCACGACUAUACCCACGGACAACUGGACCAGUUGAUUGACGUGGUAAUCGAAGAAGGUGCGAAGCUAUUCAUCAGUGCCGUGGGUGUGCCACCGAAGAGAGUGAUCGAUCGCUUGCAUGAGAAUGGCAUCUUGGUCAUGAAUAUGGUUGGCCAUCCUAAGCAUGCUGUCAAAGCACUUGAGGCUGGUGUUGAUUGCGUUUGUGCACAAGGAGGCGAGGGAGGUGGCCACACCGGCGAUAUCCCCGGCAAUAUUUUAAUUCCAGCUGUCGUGGAUGCGGCCAACAAGUACAAGAGUCCGCUGACUGGUGAACCUGCCUUGGUGGUGGCAGCGGGUGGCAUAUACAAUGGACGGAGUUUGGCAGCGGCGUUGAUGCAAGGAGCUGCUGGCGUGUGGGUCGGCACAAGAUUUGUGGCAAGUGAAGAAGCCGGAUGCUCGAAGCUACACAAAGAGGCCGUGGUGUCAGCCAAGUUCGAGGAUACGUUGCGCACACUAGUUGUCAGUGGCCGACCACUUCGCGUGCGCAUGAACGACUAUAUCCAGUCUUGGGAAGACAGGCCGGAAGAAAUCAAGCGGUUGACUGAGCAAGGCAUAGUGCCGAUGCAAAAGGACAUGGAUGACGAUAAGGACGUCGAUUUGCCAUAUCUGAUGGGUACGGUCGCCGGUGUGAUUGGAGAUAUCAAGCCCGCGAAGAGUAUUGUCGAGGAUAUGGUCAAGGAGGCUGUCGAUAUGCUGAAGAGAGGGCAGAGUUUUGUCGCGCGCGACAGCAAGUUAUAG